CAAAUUCGCUACAACCAGCAAAACCCACCACAAAAGAUUUGGUAUCCAGAACGCUCGACGACGACGACCUCAACCUUCCGACCGACCGACAAAUUUGCGCCUCCCGUCUUGACCGCGGAACCUUCGUCAAGAUGAAGCUCAACAUAUCCUACCCAGCCAAUGGGUCCCAGAAACUGAUCGAGAUUGACGAUGAACGCAAACUCCGGCCGUUCAUGGAGAAGCGCAUGGGAGCCGAAAUUCCCGGCGAUUCUCUGGGGGAUGAAUUCAAAGGAUAUUUGUUCAGAAUCACUGGUGGAAAUGACAAGCAAGGUUUCCCCAUGAAGCAGGGUGUUUUGGUCCCAACCCGUGUUAGACUGCUCCUCAGCGAUGGACACAGCUGCUACCGCCCCCGCCGAACGGGAGAGAGAAAACGCAAGAGUGUUCGCGGAGCCAUUACCAAUUUCGACCUCAGUGUUCUGGCCCUCAGCAUCGUCAAGCAGGGCGAAGGCGAACUACCCGGCCUCACAGAUGUCGUCAACCCCAAACGACUUGGCCCCAAGCGUGCCACCAAGAUCCGCAGCUUCUUCGGUCUCGACAAGAAGGAUGAUGUAAGAAAAUUCGUCAUCCGCCGCACCGUUACCGGCAAGAACGGAAAGGAAUACACCAAGGCCCCCAAGAUUCAACGUCUCGUCACCCCUCAGCGCCUCCAACGCAAGCGCCAGCGGAUCGCCCUCAAGCGCCGCCGGGCUGAGGCUGCCAAGGAACAAGCUAACGACUACGCCAAGCUUCUGGCUGCCCGUGUUCAGGAGGAGAAGGCCAAGCGUGUGGAACUCCGAAAGCGAAGAGCGUCGUCGAUGCGGAAGUAAUGGUAGCUCGGGGGUCAAGGAGAGAAGGUGUCUUGACGGGUCUUCCAAGCGGAGACAGGGGAGGUUGAAGUGGGCGUGGGAGUCGUUUUUCCAUGUGUUUGAACUCGAUAGACGAAAACCAAGUACUCGAGGGAUGAUGCUUGAUGAUGAGAUGGCGUGGUGGGAUUGGGCAAAUCAAUCAAUACACAAAUGGGAAUUGUUCUGUUUUUUUUUUUCUCCUUUUUCUCUUUUUUCUUCUACUAAGGAAAGCAUGUUAUAGUAUUUUCACUUUUUCUUCCUUUCCUCUGGUCCCCAUUGGUGCAAAAGGGACGUCACAAAAAAUCCAAAACUUCUUUUUAGGUUUCCGCCAAAUCCUUCUAUUGACAACUAGAUACUUCGAUUCGUACGUCGACAUCCUGGAAAGCGCCCGUUCCACAUAUGCAUACCGCAUCUUCGUUGUGGCACGCUUGAACACAUCUAACCGAAUUGCACGGUGUUACACUGUUUACAGCUCCCUUUCCUACCAACGCGAGGCAGAGCUUACGGAGCCAAAAUCAAUCCGGAAAUUUCAACUAUUGGAAGCGAAAGAAAAGGAGAUCACUGUUACUACAUAAAACUACACUAUACGGCCAUCAUUGCCAAUGUACUUUUUUAAGGCGUCCGCCUUUUCGCGAUUUUACCAGAUGUCAAAUCUCGAUAGAGUGGGUAGCAGGAAUCCAGUGUCAGAGACUCGUGAACUUUCUGGGAACGCUCAUAUUCUGGCUGGGAGAUACCUAGGCAUUCUGGCCCUGGCUAGUGCAAGACAUCCGGGUGUGGUAUCAUGAGUAGGAGUUUCGAACUUGGCAACAAAGACAAGUUAGAUGUAGGAGUAGAAAUAGAGAGAAAUGAAGUCAAUAUAUGACGAAAAUCAGUGUCGAAAGCAUUUUUUUGAUGAAAUCAUUAAAAUAUAUUAAUGUUGUGUGGAGGGAUGAUUUGCUAUCCGGUUGUGAAGAGGUUGUUGUUAGAUGAAGCUUGUUCUUCAUCAAGCUCUUGCUUUCUGAUCUCUAUGAUCUAGGUUGCCCGCGCAACUCAUUCUAGUAAUAUAUAAAUCAUAUUAUGGCCCAACUAAUCCGUUACCAUGGUCUGUAAACGGCUUUUCCGC